UUCCUCUUCCAAUCGUCCCCUACAUCUUUCUUUCUUCUUCCUCCAACCAAGAUUGAGGUGCAAGGAGCACUCUCCACCUGGAAUCCUUUUCAAUUUCUAUUGUCUUCUUCAAUAAGGCACUUGAUUUUCAAUUAUGGAGUAAGUGGACUUAAGCUCAAAGCUUGGGGUAUUUAGUGGACCCUUCAGGGUAUCUAGUGGACCUCUGCACAGUAGGGUUAGUACUAUGAUUAGCUCUGGUACAGCAUUGCUAGCACACAUCAGUGAACUCCAUAGCAUUGUGUAUUUUUAGUUUUAUGCAUUGUGCUUAUAACAUCGUAUUUGUGAGCAUAUAAUUUUAUUAUAUGAAUUUGAUUUAAAUAUCAUUGAUUAUUUCUUAAUAUGUAUGAUUUUGAUUUGAAAUAUUAAGUUAUUGUUUAAAUACUGAAAAUUAUAAUAUUAUGUGGUUUGGUUCCAUUGUAUCUCAUGCUCUUUGUGUGUAUAGGUCUAGGGGUCUUAGGACCCAAGUUUAUAACUUAAACUUAAUACUUACUGGGCUUUUAGCUCAAAAAAUCCCCCCCAUUUCAGAUCCAUAGAUUGGAGUAGCAGUCACCAACUGGAGAGUUUCGGUAAAAGUCUCGUAUGCUCAUUGUACGUAGAAGAUAGGACCUCAUGCUUUUGAUAUGGAGGCGGAUCAAUGUGUUACCAAAACGACAAUUCGGCUUUUGAUAUUUUGAAAAGCUUAUGAGAAGAAUUUGCCUCAUAUGAUUUUGUGUAAAUUACUUUUAUGUAUAUAAUAUUUAAAUUAAUUAAAUGAGCUUAA